GGGCGAGCUGGGAUAGGCUGGGAAUGUGCUUGUUCCGCCGAGAAAGAGAGAAAUUUACAGAAAAGGGAGAGGAGCGAAGUAGGAAGUCUCCAACUUCGUGACGGGGGGACGGGAAAUAGGACGGACUCACCGGAGGAGAAAGAGGGAAUUCGGAGGUGCACAUCUGGAAGACGCGGAUGACUAAAAACCGUCACGGUGCAAACUUUUCUAACCGCUCACUUAAGAAAAACAAAUACAUCAGAUUGAUCUUUUUGGAGGCCGAACACUGAGGAGGACAUUAUGCCGAGGAGGACCGUGCAAGAAGUGACCGUUCAAGAUGUCCAAAAACGGAGAAACCCCAGCAAACAUUACGUUUACAUCAUCAAAGUGUCCUGGACCGAUGACAGCACGGAACUCAUUUACAGACGCUACAGCAAAUUUUUCGACCUGCAGAUGGAACUGCUGGAUAAAUUCCCCGUUGAAGGAGGUCAGAAAGACCCCAAGCGGAGGAUCAUCCCAUUCCUACCGGGGAAGAUCUUGUUUCGGAGGAGCCAUAUUAGAGAUGUGGCCAUGAAAAGGCUAAGGCCUAUCAAUGAGUACUGCAGGGCCCUCAUCCAGCUCCCAGUCUACAUCUCACAGUGCGAGGAGGUCAGAUUGUUUUUUGAGACCAGACCAGAAGACCUCAACCCACCCAAGGAGGAACCAGCAGGAAAGAAGAAAUCAGGGUUUGCAGAGAGAGCGACUACUUUCCUAAAGCGAGGAGACGGCACUUCAGCUGACCCGCUUCUUUUGGACCAGUAUGUGGCAGUAACGGACUACGAGAAGCAGGAGAGCUCCGAGAUCAGUCUCCACGUGGGUCAAGUGGUGGAGGUCAUUGAGAAAAAUGAGUCCGGCUGGUGGUUCGUGAGUUCAGAAGACGCGCAGGGCUGGGUUCCUGCCACCUGCCUCGAGGCCCAGGAUGACCCUGAUGACUUCACUCUUCCAGGAGAAGAAGAAGAGAAAUAUUCCGUAGUUUAUCCUUACUCAGCCCGGGACCAAGACGAGAUCGACUUGGAGAGAGGAAUGAUUGUGGAGGUCAUUCAGAAGAACUUGGAGGGCUGGUGGAAGAUCAGGUACCAGGGACGCGAGGGCUGGGCCCCAGCUUCUUACCUGAAGAAGGCUGACAUUCAGAGCCAGAAGCAGGCGGCGGGCGGUGCCGCACACGCCAGCACCAACGACCUGGAUGGAUUCUCCAAACAGAGCCAGUUGACCCGAGAGAACCGAGACGGCAGCCAGAAAGAAAACAGACUCUCGUUCUUUUCUGAUAACAAGAAAUUUGGACUAAGACAAAGACCUCCUCCACGCAGAGAUCUUUCCAUACCACGUGGUACAAACCUUCCCAAGCCGCCCGGUCCUCCACAGGUCGAGGAAGAGUUCUACACAAUAGCGGAUUUCCAGACCACCAUCCCUGAUGGGAUUAGCUUCCAGGCUGGAGUCAAAGUGGAGGUGAUUGAGAAGAAUGGCAGCGGCUGGUGGUACAUUCAAAUAGACGAGCAAGAAGGUUGGGCCCCGGCUACAUUUAUUGAGAAGUACAAGAAGACAAGUAAUGCCGUACGGCCCAACUUCCUGGCACCUCUGCCCAAUGAGCUGGAGAGGCUGCGACUGGAGGACAGCGGUUCUUCAAAUGUCCCGGGCACAGAUGAUAGCUGGUCUAAGCCUUUACCGGAUGAGCCCACCGGAGCCCCCGAAUCCUGCACACGAGCUAAGCUGAGAGACUGGAAGUCUGGCGCGACCAAGUUUCCUGCCUUCUCUGGACCACUGCCUCCAGCUCCUGUGGCGCCGCCUGAUGAUAAACCAGCUCUACCACCGCGAAGGGAGUCCAUCAAUAAGAGCUUUGACAUUGAUGCGGCAGAGAAACUGGCCAGACCAGAUCAUUCCAAGCCUAUGCCCCCUAAACCACCAGCUCCUGGGGUCAUCGUGCCCCUGGGUCCGCCAAAGGCAGCACCUUUCAAACCAGACAAAGCACCAGAACCAAAGAAAGAUGACAAGAGUAAAGCGCUUCACCUUCGGAAUGAGAUGGGUCUGGAAUGUGGUCACAAGGUCUCUGCCAAAGAGGUCAAGAAGUUUAACCUGAAGCCGGUACCCAAGCAGCCACCGAAACCCAAGCCUGAAGUUACAGAAGAGAAACCAGAGGCAGCUUCUCCACCCGUAUUUCUGAAGCCAAGGCCGGUGAUCCGACCUAAACCCAUUCCAGCCACGAAGCCGGAUCCGCCAGCAGAGAACAAAGUCGACAUCACCAACCUGAGAAGUAAGCUGAGACCUUCGAAACCCACGGAUCCCAGCUCUUCUUCAGGGGAGGUCAACCAUCAGAACGAUACCCUGGCAGUCCAUGCUAGUGCACCACCCUUUCAUAUUUCAUCUCUGAAUAAUGGCAAGAACUGCGAUGAACCAAAACUUCCCCCUAAACACGUGAACGGUCAUAGUCAAGAGAGCUCGCCACCCCCUGCAAAACCAGCAGUGCCUCCCCACAAGGAGGCCCCUCUCAGACCCCCGGCCUUGGCUCCGAGAAGACCUCCUCCUCCAAAGAAGAACACCCCAUCCAGCCCAAUAGAGAGCAAACCACCAACCGCUUUAAAAGACUCUCAAGAUCCCCCUAAGAGCGGACCAGCUCAACUCAACAGACCCCCGCCUCCUAAACCAAAGGGCUUUUCUCCCACUAUCCCAAGCAAGGAAAAAGAAGAACCCAAGGGUAAUAAAAUCACAAUUCCCCCCAAACUCCAGGUGAAGAGCGACAAGCCCGGCCCGCCCAGAGACAAGCUCCCACCUUUGCUCAAGGAGUCCAGCAAGGAUGAGCUGUACUUGGCCGUGGCGGACUUUGAUGGCGACGACCCGACGUCCAGCUUCAAGGUGGGGACGCUCUUUGAGGUGCUGGAGAAGAACAGCAGUGGCUGGUGGUUCUGCAAGAACAUAGGAGCAGAUGUGGAGGGCUGGAUCCCUUCGAAUUACUUGAGCAAGAAACCUUGAGGCACUCAUAUACAAAAAGAUAAAAACAUAAAAAAAAAAAAAAAAAAAAAUUUGUUUGUUGCUAGAAUUCAUUUUUUAUUUAUAGGUACAUUUUUUUUCUUUUUCUACUUAAACAAUAGUAACACAUUUUGGGGGUGGGGCUUUCCUUCUCUUAAUUUAACUAUGACAUUAAAACCUUUUGUUCCUUUUGUCAAAUACUGGUUUUCCCUUGCAUUAGCAUUAAAGAGGAGAGCUAGCGUACCAUUACAAUUUGCAGGGACGUUCCCUCAAGCCGUACUUCUCAGGUUGGUGAUGUAAGCCAAAUCUGUCCAAAUUUGUCUCAAGAAAAACAGAAUCAAUGUAACCUAAUAACGUGACAAAAACAUUUUAAAAAAAUGAAAUAUACAGUAUCAUACUCACCAGGGAUGCGUUUGUAUCCCUACUGACAUUUUUGAAGCCGAACGUAGCUUGCUCUAACCAACCAAUCAGAGAACAAAACAUUGCAGACGUCCCACCACUGAGUCUCAUGCAAUGAUAAAGCCACAAUUACAGUCAAUAAUUUUCAGAAUCACAAUCAUAUUUAUUUGCCAAGUAUGUCAAAAACAUACAAGGAAUUUUGUCUCCUGUAUUUGGAGCCGCUCUAAUAUUACAGCACGUACUUCGAGGCCAUAAAUAUAAAACAAACAAAUGAAAAACAGUAAGUGCGACCUUAAAUGAGCAAACCUUUUUGACGUAUGAUGACGUAUUCUUACGCUGCUGCGUAAAUGAGCUCAUUGUGCGCCGUUUGUCACCUCGAAGCGUCGUACGUCAGAGACAGUGUCCGAGAUGCCCGUGAACCACGCCUUCUCUAAUGGUAGUGUCACUUUAUAUGCAAAAUGCUUAAUAUGCAGGAUUCAAGAGUAGAUGCUCCCCACAGUAGCACAAAAAAUACACUUAACUAAUUGCUGGGGUUUCUUUGGUAAUAAACAAAUAGUUUUGUUUAUUGAGGGUCAACAGGCUUUAGUGUUAAAAGUAAUCACUACGAGGGUUCACUUUGCCAAGUGGAGGUGCUUUCUUCUUGAUGGUCACGCAUGUUAAUUUUUUGCUUUUGCAACGUUUCCUUUUAUUGAUAUUUAACUUUGCCUUGAUGUGUAACGUAUGUUUUCUUUUUACAUGAGGUCAGGCCAAGAUUUGCACAUGCUCAAAGAGGUAAAAACGGUUAACAUCAUUUUACGUCACGUACCGAAUUUCCUCAAAUAGUGGACUCUGCUCUGAUACCCUGACACCCUGACCCUGUUAAUUCGCCAGGUGCAUUGUUAACUUGAAUAAAUACAACAAUGCAUCUCUUUAUAGCUCUCAUUACUAUUAUCGUUUUUUUUUUUUUUUAACCAGAACCCACAACCUCUCUAAAGUUGACCUUCAGUAGUACUGCUUGUAGAGUGGAUUUAUUCCACGUAGGACCAGCACAGUAGUGUCCUUCACAAAUAAUAAAGCAAGAUCUAUCUAUGAAUAAAAGAGUGUGUUACACAAUAACUCUAUAUAUUUAUUAUAAUAAAUAUUGUUUUUAAAUAAAAAUAUUAAAAAUGCUUCUGUAAAAUAAAGGCCACCUGCCAAUGGUUGGUACUUUCUGCAGUUGAGUAUAUAUAUAUAUAUAUAUAUAUAUAUAUAUAUAUAUAUAUAUAUAUAUAUAUAUUGGCCGCUAAAUGAGGAUGUGAUGUAAAUGGAAAUUGUUUGGUACAUCACAACUGAAAAAAUAGGGUUCUAAAAAAAAUAAAUUAACAUCCGACCAAGUGGUCAGUGCAAUUAUUUACAUUACUGUCAAUGUGCAAGUUUGGUGUUCAGAUAACAGCGAUUUAAAAAAAUAAAUAAAAUGGUAUCUGACCUAUGUACAGUACAAAAUAUUGUUUUACGUAAAGGCUUGACUGGUCUCAAGCGUGGUCAGUAUGUCAAAAAUAUUUUUUAUUGUAAAGACUAUCUUAAAUGUGGUCAAUUUUCUUAUUGACUUUGUUUAUUGACGAAGGAACUCGGAGAGAUUAGUGAGGAUUUGAUUGAAAGUGAAUGAUACAUCUGGUCUGGAUCUAAUGGCUUCAUGGUUUUCAUCACCACGAAGCAAAGUAGGAAAAAUAAAUUCACACAUUUAGACAAUCAGACAAGACUUGAACUGAGUUGCUAUGUUCAUUUGACACACAACUGACAGUCAUUAUAUGGCAAAGAGCGUCGGGUAAGUUAGGUCCAGGACAUGAAAGAUAAAUGUAUGGGUUGAUGAUGUCAUCAUGGCAGUAUUGUAAUUUUGUCACUUUUUUUUUUUAAUUACAUUGAAUCUUAAGUCAAUAAACAUUUCCAUUUUUUUUUCAA